AUGAGCGACAAGCCUACCGAGACCGUCAGCGUGAGCGAAAGCGUGGCUACUCCGGCUGUGGCCGCAACAGAGCCGGCACCAUCUCUGCCCGUGGUCAAUCCGUCGUCGCUACCCUCAGGAUUCGAGUGGUGGCGACAGACCAUGGCGUACAAGACGGGGUUCAUGUCCGCUGAAGAGAGCGUGCAGUACGAGCAGGACCGUCUGAUCAAGGAGCGAUACGCCGAGUGUCUGAGCUGCGAGAAAAACAAGCAGUGGGUCAUGGCAUACUCGCCCACGGUGCGGUUCAUGAAGGAUCAGAUUGAGAAGAUUGGCGGCGACAUUUCCAGUAACAACGUCUUCUGCGACCACUGCGACGACUUCAAGGCCGGUGGAUUCCACCCCAAGUACGGCAUUCUGGUGUGCCAGAACCACGUCAAGUCGCGAUCCCAUCUGGAGGACACCUUGGCCCACGAAAUGGUGCACUACUACGACAACACCAAGUUCAAGGUGGACUGGAUGAAUCUCAAGCACCACGCGUGCUCCGAGAUCCGGGCGUCAACGCUCUCGGGCGAGUGCCGAAUGAUGAACGAGCUCAUGAAGGGCAAGCUGGCCCGGCUGACCCGUGGACACCAGGAGUGUGCCAAGCGACGAGCCAUUCUGUCUGUCAUGGCCAAUCCGGGCUGCAAGGACGAGGCCCAGGCCACCCAGGUGGUCAAUGAGGUCUGGGAUUCGUGUUUCAACGAUACCCGGCCGUUCGACACUAUCUACAGAUAG